AUGGCCCCACCAGAAUUUGGACAUCAUAGAAUUGAUUUCCUUACACAGCAUCUUCGAGAAAGGUCACCUUCAUCAAGCUUUCUACGUAAAGGAACAAGAUCUCUGUCUCCUCUGAGGGUCUCUGACAUUGUUUAUGAAGGGGAAGAAAAUUCACAGGCGAAAGUGAAUCCUUCAACAACAAACAGCGCUAAACCUUCCACUUCCCCCACUUCUUCUUCAACAUAUUCUUCAUUUCUAUCAUCCAUUUCUUUCUCCAAAGGUUACAGAAAAUGGAGUCUCAAAGAUUUUCUGCUAUUUCGGAGCGCGUCGGAGGGCCGUGCAACGGGGAAACAUCCAUUGACGAAGUACGCGGUUUUGUCGAAGAACAGGGCGAAUGAAGAUGUCAAGAACUCGAGCUUCCGGUCCACGGACAGUUCCGGCUCGGUGUCGAGCCGGAGAAGAGGACCGCUUUCGGCCCAUGAGUAUCAUUACACAGUGAACCGGGCGGUUUCAGAGGAGAUGAAGAAGAAGACUUUCUUGCCUUACAAGCAGGGCCUGCUGGGUUGCCUGGGGUUCAACCCUGGUGUGCAAGAAAUUUCCAAGGGUUUGGGCUUUUGACACGUGGCCGAUCCAGAUCUCUCAUCUGGGUGGGUCCCUUCAAUUAAUAUAUAUAUAUAUAUAUAUAAUAUCAGUAAUUAUAUAUGUUUAGGGUUUGUAAUUUUAUGAGCAGCUUGGUAUAUUUGUUCUCUGAUUUGUGUCUCUAUCCAUGAAAGGGACUGAAAAUGUAUGAAAGUUGUUACA